AUGACCGAUGAAAGGGGCUAUGGCUCUUUACAGAGCGGCGAUAACGAGUCUUCCCCCAUGAUGGGCCGUGCCAGCCCACAACCAGAACCAGAUGAACAUACCAAAUUGUUACCCGCGGAUGUCCAUACGGGAUACGAGGCCCAAAGGGCGCUAAAGGGACACGCGAAUUUUCAUCGUCUCGGAUGGAAACGUCUCACCGUGGUCAGCAUCGUCGAAGCGAUCGCGCUCGGCGCACUGAGUCUGCCUCAGGCGUUCGCGGUCUUGGGUAUGAUCCCCGGCAUUGUGAUCACCAUUGGGAUGGGGAUUGUGGCGAUCUACACCAGCUACAUCAUCGGAGCAGUCAAGAUCAAAUUUCCUUCAGUUGCCCACUACGGAGAUAUUGGGCAACUGCUAAUGGGAGACUUUGGUUACUGGCUGUUUAGUGCGAUCUUUGUCGUUCAGCUGACACUCUCUGUCGGAUCGCACUGUCUCACGGGCAUGAUUGCCUUCGCGAACAUUACUGAGAGCAGCAUGUGCGCUCUAGUAUUCGGUGGUGUCUCCGCUGUGAUUCUGCUUCUGUUAGCGAUACCGCCGACAUUCGCCGAUGUCGCCAUCCUGGGCUAUAUUGACUUUGUUUCCAUCAUUCUGGCUAUCGGAGUCACCAUGGUCGGCACUGGGAUUCAACAGGCACAGAUGUCGGGCGGCCUAGCUGCCUCAGACUGGUCUUACUGGCCCGCAGAAGAUGUCACAUUCCCCAAAGCAGCCGUUGCGAUUAGCAAUAUUGUCUUUGCGUAUGCUUUUGCUGGUGCUUUACCAUCAUUUAUGAAUGAGAUGCAUACGCCCAAGGACUACGUCAAGUCAAUAACUGCGCUUGGAGUCAUUGAAAUCUCAAUCUAUGCAUUGACCGGAUCCAUCGUCUAUGCCUUUGUUGGACACGAUGUUCAGUCCCCCGCUCUGUUGUCAGCUGGACCCGUUUUCUCCAAAAUUGCAUUCGGCAUUGCCCUUCCGGUGAUUUUUAUCUCCGGCUCUAUCAACACUACGGUCGUGGCCCGCUUUAUUCACACGCGAAUUUAUCGUGAUUCAGUCAUUCAGUAUGUCAACACUGUAAAAGGCUGGGUCACCUGGCUAGCGCUCGUGAUUGCCAUUACCGUAAUCGCCUGGGUAGUCGCUGAGAGUAUACCUUUCUUUUCCGAACUCAUGGCUAUCAGUGCUGCUCUCCUGGUGUCGGGAAUGUCAUUCUAUUUCCCCCCCAGUGAUGUGGCUUUUGCUUCUCAAAGACGGGGACUGGCAGGAUAG